UUUACUGCAACUAUAUAGGUAUAUUAUAUCAUGUUUAUCGUUUAUCUAAACUUUCCAGUUUUCACACGGCUGCACUAAAUUAUAUAAUAAUACACAAAUUACAAAAAUAUUAAAGGUAGCCUUAGGAGUUAGGAUACCUAAGGUACAAACUACAAAUAAUUCGCAAUUUUGAAAACACAAUACGGAUUAAAAUAUAAGGCAUGUUGAUAAACUAAUUCAGAAAACAAAUUAAUUUUUGUAUUACUCAUCUAUUUAAAUCAUAAGAUUUCAUAAUGUGGAACGGUAUAACAAUUGGUUAUAGUUCAGCCGAUGAGACUAUAAAUUUCGGUACUCGUGCUGUAGCUAUUGGUGACAGUAGAAUAUUUGAAACAACCACUUUGGCCACAAUAAAAAGAACAUGUGAUGAAAAAUGUGUAUCCAAAGAAGACCUAAAAAUCAGUGCUAUGUGUACACAUGAUUUAAUGUACAUUUCAGGAGGUCGAUCUUUCACCUCAUUUAAUACCAGUGUUACAGAAAUCAAUCAGACAUUUGGAUUUCCAAAUGAAAUAGUGGAUGCUAAAAUAUCAGAUGAUGGAUGUUACUUAAUUGUGUUACUAUAUGAUUGGACUAUAUAUUGUUGUUCAUUUACAAAUCCAAGGAUUUUAUUUAUCAAGAGAGUAUCAAAAAAUCCUCGUUGUUUGCCCUCAGAAAUGGAAUCACCUGUAGGUCUGUUCUUUUCUCAUAAAGAAAAUCAAUUCUAUAUCACAGUUAUUACAUCAUCUGGAUUCAUUAAUAAAUUUAUUUGUGCCAAUGUUAUGGAAUUAAUGGAGAAAUCUGUUCUUGAUAAUGAUUUUAAAAACAUAGAAAAUCUUAUAACUUUAAAAACAUUUGAUAUCCAUGAAAAUGUAAAAACGGUGUGUGGGAUGUAUGAUAAUAUUUUAAUUGCUGGUGACAGCAUUUGUUUGUAUGAGGGAGAAAACAUGAGAUCUAAGGAAUUUUUAUUUCCAGACAACUGUAAAAUUAAAAAACUGGUUUUCACUCAAGAUAAAAGUUUCAUAAUUUGUCUUACUGAUUCAAAAACCAUGUUAUUGGUAUGUGCAUUUUCAUUUUUACCAGUUAAAGAAUGGAACAAGGUGCCAAUUAGCGAUUUUACUGUGAUGGAAGAAAUGGGUAUUACAAGUGUUCUUUUAUUAACUGACGAAAUACAGCCUUCAUUGAUGCUAGUUUCAAUGCCAGAUUUUAGUGUAACAUUCAAGCUUCCAACAUCAUCAUUAACAUAUCUUAUUGAUUAUCCAUGCACAUCUGAUGGUCUAUUGUAUUUGGAAGCACUUGGAGAUGAAGAUAUUAACACAUUACAUGUAAAACUUAUAUCUGAAGGUCAACCUGACUUACGAUUGGCACGAAUGUUAAGGCGAGGUAAAUACGAUGAAGCUCGGAAUUUUGCAGCUGCUUUUAAUCUUGAUCCAGAAACAGUAUAUAAAGAACAAGUUAAAGGACUUAUGGGAAAAUUAGAUGUAUGGCAACCUGGAAAUAAAGGCAUCCAAGAAACAUUUGAUGAAAUGAUGGAUUACUUAAAUAAAAUUAAAGAUGAUACAUUUGUUGGUAAUUGUGCUCUUAAUAUAAUUGUACCUAGUUUUACGCUAUGUAGAAAACUUUUAAGGUAUGCAUUAUUAAGAGUAAAGUCCUCAUCACAAGGAUUAGAAAAUAAGUUAACAUUUUUACUUGAUCAAUUACAAAGUACACUUCACAAAUUAGAUACUUUUUGUCUUUUGCACGAUGUAUCUGACUGGUCUAUUGAAAAUACAGAACUAUGGCUUUCUUUUUGUAAACAAAAUGUGAACGACAUUUGUUUGGACCUUGUACAAAAAAAUCAGUUAAGUGAUGCAUUAACAGUUUGGAGUCGUCAUAUUGCAGAAAUUAAAAGUUGCAUUAAUGAUGAAUUUAUUAAUGAAUAUUUUUCAAGUACACCGUUUUCUGUAGAUAUUUAUGAUUUAAAAUUAUGGGUCAAGAGUUUUGCUUCUACAACUCUUUUUAUGUACUACGAUGAAACAGUAGCUUCUAUGGUUUCUUACAUAGAAAGUAAAGUUAGAUGGAAUGAAUUAUACUUACAUUUGGAUUGGAUCAAUCCUAGUUUAGAAAUUUGUCGCUAUUUUUUAAAUAUCAUCAAUCAAAUUGUUUCAUCUCCUUUGUGUUUAAGUAUUUCACGACCAACCGAACCUCAAAUGAAAUUAAUAUUAUUGAUAAAAUACAUAACCGAAUUAAAGGAGUUGAAUGAUAAUUUUGGUGUUAAGAUUACUUUAGAUGAUUAUGAAUUAUCGCAUGAAGACCAAAAUUAUUCAGAAUUAUCAUUUUUAAUUUUGGAUCAAAUACAAAUGAAUACAUUCUCUGAUUUUAUUACAACAUUUUGGUCAACAUUUACAUUACAGCGAUUCUUAAAUUCUGAUGAAAUUUUAGCUGCUUAUAUUAAAAAUAUUGUUAGUCAAGUUGAUUGUUGGUGGUCAUGGGAAGAAAAAGCAACUAUGAUACUUAAUUUUAUUUCUAACAAAGAGACUAAAUGUGAUUCAGCCUUGAGCAUUUUAAAAGCUGCUAGUAUACCUUGGUCCGAACUUAUGGUAAAACUUUGUGAUGAAACACUUCAUACUGAUUUGAAUACAGCAACUAUUAAAGAUAUAGUAGAAGUAAAAAGCUUACUUACCAGUAAAUUAAUAUUAAAGAGUUAUAAUCUUUCAUUUACAAAUAUUACUCCAAGUAUAAUAAUUAUUGCGGUUCAAAAUAUUUGUUCCCAAAACCGCUCAACUGUACUAGAAGACAUAAUUAAAUUGGUUAGUACGCAAUCUGUCACAGUUCAACGAGAAGCAUAUGAGAUUUAUAUACAGUAUUUGAUUGAAUCUGGUUUUACCGAUAAAGCAAUAGAAUCAUUAACAAACCCUCAGAUAAUUCCUAGUUCAAUGGUACAAAGAAUAUGUAUAACAAUUUGGAUUACAUAUAACAGUUUGAGAAAACAUUCAAUCUUUGUUGAAGAAGCAUCUAAAUAUUUUAUUGUACUAAAAUUUUUGGCUAAAAGUCAAUGCAUAGAUAUUCGUCAAGAGUGUCAACAUAGUGUUAAUGGCUUAGUUAACAUUUAUUGUUUAAAGAAUGAGUUUAAAAUUGAAUGUGAUUUAUCAGAAUUCUCUAAUGAAGAAAAGCUUAUAAAAAAAUGUGUUAAUUCAAUCCUAAAAGAUGAAUGUUUCAAUAAUAUGAAGACUUCUAUUAUACAAGCAAAAUUAUCAAGAUUAUCAAAUUUAUUAUUUCAGUCUUUUGAAAAUGUUGUGGUUCAGUUUGUUAAAGAGUCUGCUUUACAAAUGAAUAAUGAAAAUAUAUGUAUAUUUGGUCAAUUUAUAAACUCUUUUGGAGAUGUUAGCCCUCAGCUUGCAACUAAAUUAUUAGAACUAGGAGAACUUUUAGUGUCUACUUAUGACCCAGUGUUUCAAGCUGCAUUUAAAAUACCUCUUUGGACAUUGAUUCGAAGAAUUACACAAUUAGUUACUGUUAACAGUGAAUCAAGUUUGUUAACUAGAGCUGUUGAAUUGAGUCAGUGGGUUGAACCAUUUUAUUUAACAUGUGGAGAUGUGGUGAAUAGUGAUAAUAUAGAACUUGGGUUAGCAUAUUCUUGGAGAAAUGGAAUUAUUGACAAAAACUCUAUACAUAUAGAAUUUUUUGAACAAUUUAAACUUUAUAGUUCAUUUUUAAAUUUUUAUAAUCCUAAAUCUUCAUUACACUGUUACAAGAAAAUAGAUGUUAAAGAUUCAUAUGAUACCAUUCCAACACCAGAUAUAAUAAUGUCUUCGUUAGAAUAUUUCCAAGGUCAGAAUCUUAUUGGUCUUCACAUAACUGUAACACAAAUAAUGUGUUUAUAUCGCGCUAUUCUUCAAAAUCAACAAACAUUGGAAUCCGAGUUAACUAAAAAAGGAAAUAAUUUAAUAAAAAGUAAUGUCAGACAAAUAUUAAAAAGUGUUACUUAUUCUCGAAACUUAGAUAUGGACCUAGGUUUAGGUCUUUUAAAUACUCUCAGACCACAUGAUGCUUUCAAUUGGCUCGAAGAUGCUUUAAAUAAUGUGGGGAUGAACUAUCAAAAAUUAACAAAUAUUACAGAUUUGGGAUUAGUUUACUUACGAUUAAAUAUUGAUACUGCUGGUGAUUUGUAUGAAACACUUAAAUCAACAAAAAACAAAUGUAUUUGGGGUAAAAAAUUGAUGAAGUAUGGAUUUGCAUUUAAAGAUGCAUUUUAUAAUUCAGAAUUAGAUCAACGACAUUUAUUACAGAAAAUGAUAAGAUCUCCAAUUAUUACAUUAAAUGUAUUAGUAGAUUAUUGUAAUGAUACACAUUUUGAUUUACAACAAACAGCCAAAUUAUUUUUAGAAAGUUGCUUAAUUCAAUGGGAACCUUAUACACCUGGGGAAAAUGAAGAGAAGACAUUUGAUUGGAUAGCUAAAAUAAUUGAAGACAAAGAUGCCCUAUUAAAAAAAUGUGAAGACAUUUUCUGUGUUAUUACAGACAAAACUGAUAUUUUAGAUUUUCUUUGGAAUCAUGUUUGGGAACAAGUGAAUAUUUAUUAUUAUGAAGUAUUUUUAGUAAUAAUGGGUUUAAUUGAAAAAUAUGAUGUAAAUGCAAUUUUAAAGUUUCAUGUUCAAAAAGAAAUUUUAUUAUUUUUAAUGCAAUAUAAACGAGUAAGUUUACCUGAAGAACAUGAGCAAGAAAUAUGGUUUGCCAUGUUCCAGGAAUCACAAUCAUUACCUCCUAUUUCUAAAUAUCGUUUACCCUAUGUACCACUUGCAAAUAAAAAAAAAAAAAAAUUUGGACAUCGUGAAAUUCAUGUUUGGAAAAUCAUAAAACCAGAAUUGACAUUUUUCACAUAUAAUAAAUGGUUUUCAAUAAUUGAAGCAAUUGAAAUGGAUAAGGACACAUUAUGUAUUUUAACUGUAAAGAAUAUGGUUAAUGAAGUAGCUACCAAGGAUAAGAAUGUUGAAUGGUACUUACAUAUGCGCUUGGAAUCAUUGCUUAAAGAUAUUCAAGAAGUAUUGAGCAAUGUAAAGAAUUUAGAAAUAGUUGCUGCCUCACUUUAUUUUGUUGUCAAUAGUUUACCUUUAGGUGCUGAUCAGUUGGCAGCAGCAAAAAUUAGUCAUUCACAAGCGCAAGAAUGGGUUAAAUUAGAAAAUUCAGAAAAUGCCAAGUCUGGUAUUACAAAAGUCGUUACAAAAUAUGUAUUAAUUACCACUAAACAUAUAUUACACAUGUAUGGAUUUGGAAAACCAAAUUAUUUACAAUUAGCAUUGCAACCUAAUGAAUUAAUUAGAGAAUUAUACAAUGAUCCAAUAAUACUUAAAAGACAUACAGGUGAAAUAAAAUUGUUCCCAGACAUUAAUGGUGCAGUAGAUGCAAUCGUUGAAGUUCAUGGUAAAGGAGACUUGGCGCUUAAAGUAGACCUUCUAAAAGAGUGGUUACAACCCUCUACAUUGGGAUCAAUGGGAUCUCCUGAUAAAAGUUUAAUGUCUACAACUAAUUCAUUUUGUGUAGCUCAAGAAAAUUUAACAAUCAGUGAAGGUGUAUUAAGAGCAUGUUAUCUAUUAGAAAAUGAUACACCAGCAUACAAUUUGCAUAAUUUCCUUAUAUGCCAAGCUUAUAAUGAAGAUGACAGUGAUUCUAUGUGUCCGACAAGUGUGCGACUAAGAGCAUUACAAUGUCUGUGUUUAGUGACAACAGAAAAUAUUGAAGAAAUUACUUGCCGUUCAAAAGAGAUGAUGAAAAAUAAUUUGGUUGAAUUAUCAAUUAUUACUGAACUGGAAACUCUUGGAAUCAAUUUUUCCCCAGCAAGAUAUCGUGGAUGUGAUAAAUCCAAACUAGUCCAAUCGUUGAUGGCAAGAAGAUCGUUGAGUUCGACUAAAUUAGCUUCACAUUUAUGUGUCUUAUAUUCAGAUGCCAUGAAUCCCAGUAUAUGGGAUUUAUUACUUACUAGAUUAAUUCAUUUUACAAUGAUUAAUGAAUUAGAAAAAGUACUAAUUCAUUUGAUGGAUAAAUGGCAUAAAUUGACAUUUGACAUUGUAGAAAAAGCCUGGAAUGUUUUUCUCAAGUCAUCAUUCAACAGUGCUAAAGAUUCUUAUGAAGUUAUACAUUGUGUCAAAUUGGCGUUCAGUUGUCCAGUCAUAGAUAGUAUUGAUCUACAAUCAAUUAUCGAACAUUGUGAGCGUUUUCAACUUGAUCAAUAUGUGCAAAAAUUGAAGUGUCUGAGUUAAGAUUUUUUAAAUUUAGAUAUGUAAAUAAGCAAUUAUUAGUUUUAUUUUUAUAUUAAUACAAAAUUGUCUAAUUAUAAUUUUUUUAACAGAACUAUACUUUAAAACAAUAUAUAUACAAAACGUGAUAAUUAAUAACAAUA